GGAGGCCUCAAGCUGGAGGGUAGUGAGCAAGAACAAACGGGCAGCAACAGACGGGCAGUAGCUGAGGUUGCUUAAUUGCCCCACAGAGCUUGUCCGCUUCUUCCAAAUACAAGAAAUCUUUCCAAAUCUUUGCAAACCAAAGAAAGAAACAUCUCUGGAUUUCUUCCAUUAAUCAGCACGCAAUCAUGUCGGAAGAUUUGGGCAAGAGCCGUCAUGGCAUCCCUGAUGUGGUCAUGGUGCAGAUUGACAAGUACGUCGACUCACUGGCUCCGGAGAUUCAACCGCGCAUCACCAGAGAAAUCGACGAGUUCCAGAGCAAGACCAUCGACAGCCUCGAAGACUUGGUAGUCGACGCUUUUCGGUCGCUGUUCAACAAGAAGGACGCGUCGGGUCCCAACUCCAGAUCCCUGGGCGAUGCUCCCCCAGACGCUUACGGCGUUGGGUCCCUGCCAUUCGCCAACGAGAUUGUCUCACUUACUCAAUCCUUUUCCAAGGUUGCUGACGGUGCCACUGAUGACAUUCGGGAGAUUUUCAACCUGACCGAGUCCGGCGGCGGUGGACAGGACGGCAGCAGAGGAAUGGGCGGCGACGACAGGGAUCGUAGCGGGAGUGACCUGUUCAGCCAGGGUGCCAGGGGAUUUCUGAGCGCUGCUGUUGGUGCCAUCAAGGAGCACCACAGCAACUCUCAGGGCGGCGGCGGCGGUGGCGAAAAGAUCAGGCUGGACGGUAUCCUCGGCAUAUUGAGUGACGCCAUCAAGGACACGUCUCGUGACCCGGACGGCAAGGCGCGCAUGAUCAGCCCUGAGAUCAAGGAGAAACUGGGCGUCGUGCUGAGGGACCAGCACGCACCGCUGGCGGAGCAGUUUACUCGUAUCGCACUCGAAAAGAUCAAGAGGUGGCUCCGUGGCAACACCACUACGCGAGACCUCGGAGAUGGAGUCAAGGGCGAGCUCAAGGACGAGAUCCAGGGGCUGGUCAAGGGGGUUGCGGGCCUUUUCGGCAAGAAAUCGCACUCGGAUGAGAGGUCGCGCGACGGACCCGGCGGAAAUGAAGACGGGGGCAGUGGUGGUUUCUCUGGCAUGAUUAGCAACAAGCUCAGCACCGGUCUUGCCAAAGUGCACCGAGAGGUCCGCAUCGAAUUUCGCAAGAUCCUAGGUAUCAUUGAGAAGAACCUCUGGGAGGCUCUUCCUGACCAGGUUCAGGGUCCUCUUGAGAAGAUUCUGGGCGGCAACCCCUUCGACUUAAGCCUCGACUCGCAAACAUCGUCAUCUCGCGGCUUUGGCGAUGACAUCAAGGCCAAAUUGGUCAACAAGAUCCGUGACUUGGUGCGCAAGGUCCAGGAUAGCCUUCGCCAAAGUGUUCUUGCAGUCGUCAACGGUGGCCACCGCAAGUUUGAGAGGGCAAGCUGGGUCUUUGUCCAAGAGAACGUUGAAGUGCGUGUGCGGAAGUAUCUGCCCGAUGUGCGAAUCAGCGUUCCCGAUGAUAUCGGAAACGAGGGUGUCAGUGUGGGCACACCACAGACUCCGGCACCCAUGCAGCAUGGUGGAAAUAACAACAGCAACAACAACAAUGGCCCGUCGCCUUCCCACCAGCAACAGUACUCUAGCCCUAGCGGCAACAAUCCUAAUUGGCAGGGGCAGGGCUCACAACAGUAUCAAUCGUCGCAGGACGCCUACUACGGCGCUCCGCCACCCCAAAACUACUCGGGCGGGGCCCCUUCACACCAGCCGCCGUACAACCAAUACCCUCACCAGGGUCAACAGCACCAUGAUCAGUAUCAGUCUCAAAACCCUCGUUAUUAGUUCUAGAAUAGUUCUAGAACAUACUGGAUCUCGUGGCAUACCAGGAGUAUUAACUUUGAGUCGGAUUACUGGAAUAUGUUGAAACUAUCUCUGACUGUUGCCAGCAAACUCUGAAUUGAGAAGCCCUGGUAUAAGCGACAAAGCUGAAAAAAGGGUUUGUCACAAGCUUCCAGAGGCUUACAUCAGUAGAUACGCUUCUCUUAAUGAAUUAGGCAGAAAUAACAGGCAGACCGAAAUCUCGGUAAGCAAAAAGCAAGAAAAUCCUACCCAAGCGUUGCCUUUGUCGAUGUUACCACGUUGUGUAGGUGCCUUGAGUCGCUCAAGUUGUAGCCGAUUCCGGUCCCUCGAUGCUCACGGGGACAAGUGCCACGGCGAUUCCUUUGUUUGGGCGAAAGAUACCCGGCACCGUUUGCAUGCCUGAUUUCAUUGUCGACUAGAAUUCUUUGUGUCCAGUACUGCCAAGGUUUUCCCCUUUUUGGAUUACUGCACAAAGAAAUUCCGGGAAUGCAGUUUGGUACAUUCCGAGCAAUGCCCAGGUCCAGAAUAGAACGCAGAUGGUCAAGUUUUGCUCUCUUUUAUCCUGUACUGUUCACCAGGCCGCUGUCUAAUGUAUUGAUUGAGAUUGGAAUUGAUGCAGUCUUUCGCCUCCACGGGAGCAAAAAGCCUAGACUCUGGAAUACCCAUACUGUGAACUGUGUCGCUUUGUCCAACGAUCUUGAUGUUACACACUAUUUCCGG